AUGACGCUCAUCUGGACACUCGUCGCGAUCUUUGCGUUUUGUUGGGUUCUAUGGCGAGUUAGCGUUCACUACGACCUGCGGGCACGUCGAGCGAGCCUAAGAGGACGAGUCGUUUGGGUCACUGGUGCUUCGUCUGGGAUCGGGAGGGCGCUAGCCUUUCGACUCGCUGUCUUUUACGGGGCUCGGGUCGUCGUCAGUGCACGACGCGUCGAGUUGCUAGAGUCGCUCGCUGCCCAGGUAUCAGAGGCACUCGCGGGUAAAGCAACCGCAUCGACGGACACCCGGGAAAUGGACAAACCGGCUGUGGUCAUCGAACCAGUGAACUUGCGGGCAAGUGGCAACGAGCUGGACCACGUCCUGCAGCGUGUUCUUCAACUCGGUGUUUCCGUUGUUAUUCUGAACGCCGGCGUGAACCAGAAUGGAUGUCUCUUUGUGGACACGAGCCUCGACACGCUGCGGGAAGUACUCGAGACCAACCUGUGGGCACCAGCGCGUAUCCUUCAUCGGCUUCUUCGGGAGCUGCUCUCUGCCCCGAACGAACCGACCAAAGCAUCAGGACACAACUGCAGCGUAGACGUCAACAGAACCCGAUCUCGUGCCCGGAAAUCGAAGCCCAGUCCGAGUAGCAGUGGUAUCCCCGAGCAUCGAGCCCGACUCAAGAUCGUAGAUGCCUUUCGAGACCUCCUUCAAACGAAAAUUCCCGCCUCGUGUCGUCCGAGCGAUCAACAAGCAUCCACAAAGGACAUCAUUGCAUCGGCACCCAACGAGUCCUCUGCACUUGUCGAGAACCUAGAUGUGGUUGUCGUGUCAUCGCUGGCAGCGUAUCGGGCGUUACCCGGUGGAGCGCUCUACGGGGCAACCAAGGCCGCGCUCAAUUACCUCACAGAGAGCCUCCGCAUGGAGCUUCGGAUCGCUGGCGAUCACAGGGUACGAUUAGUCACAGUUUGUCCAGGUUUCGUAGACACGCCUGCGAUCGCCCAUCAGCGGCACUGGAAACCGUGCUGUCUCUCGCCAGAUGCAGCAGCAGAUCAUAUUAUAUGGGCACUCUUACGCAGGGGCGACCAUUACGGGUUUCCAUGGAUCAUGGAUCACAUUGUGAUGGCAGUGGCUGUCUGGAUACCCACUCGGGUCUAUCGCUGGAUCAUGGCCAAGUCUUGGCGUCCACCGGCGAGCGCAGAAAGCGCUGUGUGCACAAUACAUCAUGGGAGCGCUCACGUCGAGCACUGA